CCCAUUUGGGGGUUGCAGAAUCGUGUUUUUCUUAUCAGAGACCUUGACCGCGGCGGUGGCGCGCAAGAUCGGGGCAACCACAGCCUGCGUACAUCAUAUUUCCACUACGUGGACUGCAGACCCGCAACGUCAUACUGGUCGUCCCCGGACCUUCUGCUUAAAGUCCAUUAUCUUUUAUCCAUGGCGAAAGAAAAGGGUAGCUCUAUGCUGGAGCCAGGUUGGAUCCCAGACUGGUGGAGAGGGGAGGCUUCCUCAACAUCGCAAGAGCGCACACCGCCAUCACCGCAACCCAGGGAGAGGACUUCGCUCGUUUCCGUAGAAAAAGCGGACAAAACAAUGUCUCCAUCGGUGAUGCACGAGUCAUCCACACCAUUCGCAAAUGUUGGGGACAUACAGAGCACGAGGCAGGGCUCCGAGCGUUCAGUUUCUCGAGCACAGGAUGAUGAGAGUCUACGUGCGCCGAGUCGAAAUCCAGGACUAGCUUCGACUACAAACAGAAUCGAACUGCUAUCUCUCGGUAACGAUGGUGACGGAAACGGUGUUGAAGAGACAGUCGAUGAUGAAGCUCCAGCAGAUAGGCUCAUGAUCGAAAGAGAUAGAGAUCGGGCUGUAAAUCGACGCCUCAAAGGCAUACAUAUCUUCAUGAUCGCAAUCAAUGGUGUCCUUGGUGUUGGGCUCUACGUACGAGGCGGCAUGAUCCUCAGACUUGGCGGGCCAGCUGCAGUCCUUCUCUCAUUCUCCCUUGUGGGAUGUCUUGCCUGGGGUGUCAUGCAGUGCAUUGCGGAGAUGCUUUGUAUAUGGCCCAUCUCUGGCUCAUUGAGCACCUAUGUGUCUGAGUUUGUAGACGUCGAACUAGGGAUUGCUGUUGGAGUUGCGUAUUGGUUCACGUACGCCAUUUCGUUCGCGGCCCUCAUCGCCGCCACCGCAGGCGAAGCAGAGUAUUGGGACACCCCUAAAGGAAUACAGGGAGGAAUUUUGUUCUUUCUCAUUCCCCUAUUCAUCCUUAUAUUAAAUGCCUUCGGUAUUGAGACUUAUGGGCUCUUUGAAGUUGUUAGCGGAUUUCUCAAACUUGCCUUUCUCUUGGUCAUCAUUGUAUUCAACAUUGUCAUCAACCAGCGCGGUUUUAGGCCACAGCCAGCCGGCCCAGCCCCCAAGAGAGAUAUCUCGCUAUACCCUGAAAACGUCAUCGUCCACGACGCAGACGCGUCUAAGAGCUGGACGCAGGCUUUCUUUAUGAGCCUUUCCAUUGCUGCAUUUGCAUAUGUCGGUGUCGAGAUCACUGCUGCCUCCGCUUUGGAGGCUCGGGUCCCACCGGAAAGAACCCCAAAAAAUCCUAGCGCUAUUGGGAAGACAGUGAAAUCUUCUGUCGUAUUCAUACCAUUCGUCGCUGCACUACUGUACGUAAUCGCUGGUGUUCUUGUCACACUUAACAUCAAGUGGGAUAACCCGGAUCUUCCGCGCGUCAGUUGGCGAGCGCCUGGCCCCACAUUCUCCGCGUUUGUUCUCAUCGCAAGGGACUCGGGGAUAGAUGGGCUCGCCGGCACCCUGAACGUCUUCCUCAUGUUUACCGCACUUACGUGUGCAAACACAAAUCUGUACGUCGCUUCGAGGACGCUAUUUAGCUUGACCAGAACAUUGGAUGGCGGCAGUGGGCAGCCAUGGUAUACACGAUUUCUUGCGACGUUGGGCAAGACGAACAAUCGCAAGGUACCUAUGCGAGCCUUGAUCGCGUCAUGCAUCUUUGCAUGGAUUCCUUUUCUCUAUCUCUCAAAUGAAAAUGAAAGUGGGCCAUCGAAGGACAUUGGGACUCUUCUCGAUGUCCUAAGCGAGAUGGGCACGGUUGGUGUGAUCGUAGUCUGGGCAUGCGAGUGUUGGGCUUACAUUCGAUUCUAUCACUGCAUUCGCAGCAACAAGAUCGCCCUGCGAGAAGUACCGCUUGUUCGUCGCUGGAAUCGGGGCACCAAUAACCUCCCAGACGAUUUUCCGUAUAGAGGGCAUGGACAGCCUUUCACGGCGUACAUCUCGCUAUCCGCGUGCUUGUUUUUAUUGGUUGUCGCGAACGGGAGUAGCUUGUGGAACGGUUUUCACGUGCAACCAUUCCUAUCGGCUUAUCUUGCUCCCAUCUGCUUCCUCACUCUGUGGGGGACUCUUAAAAUCUUGAGAAAUGGUCAAUGGCACUUAGUAGAUCUCUCGAAUGGGCGAGAUGUUGCGGAAAAGAUGCUACGUCUUCAUGAGAUUCGAUUUCGCAGCGCUGAGGAUAUGGGUAGCAGGGGACGGAACGUUCGAAAUUUGUGGGGCUUAAUCUGA